AUGCCAAAGCACCACCUCAUGGUUGGCACCUGGACACGGCCCGGCGCCAUCUUCACCUUUGAAUUCGAUGACGACGCCCUGUCGUUGCGCCUGCUCAAGCGCAGCGAGAUCCCUCAUGACGAGCCCAUCUCGUGGAUGACCUUCAGCCAUGACAAGAAGCAAAUCUACGGCGCGUCGAUGAAGACCUUUUCCAGCUACGCUGUGAAGAGUCCUACCGAUAUUGUGCAGAGCGGUUCGCACCCCGUCGCUGGUCACCCCCGCGCCGCCGACAAAGACACCAACACGCGCGCCAUCUUCGUGCUCGCCGCGCACAAGCCGCCCUAUAAUGUCUACGGCAACCCCUUCUACGACUUUGCCGGCUGCGGCAACGUCUUCUCCGUGAACGCCGAGGGCGCGCUGGAGAAGAACGUGCAGAACUACGAGUACGAGCCCAAGACGGGCAUUCACGGCAUGGUCUUCGACCCGACCGAGACAUAUUUGUACUCGGCGGACAUGUACGCGAACAAAAUCUGGACGCACAAAAAGGACGCGCAAACGGGCCAGCUGGAGCUGCUGGGUGCCUGCGCCGCACCCGACCCGGGCGACCACCCGAGGUGGGUCGAGAUGCACCCCAGUGGAAAGUACAUCUACGUGCUCAUGGAGGCGGGCAACAAUCUCGCGGAAUACGUGAUUGACCAGCAGACGCAUCUGCCCGUGUUCACGCACCGCACCUUCCCGCUCAUCCCACCCGGUCUUCGCUACAACCUGAAGAAUUUCCGCGCCGAUGUCGUGACCGUCAGUCACAGCGGGGAGACGCUUUUUGCCACGUCGCGCUCGAAUACGAUCGGUGUGCCGGGCUAUAUCAGCGCCUUUAGUUUGUCGAAGAACGGAAGCAUUGAGAGGCAGCUGCUGUUGAACCCCACGUCGUCGAGCGGCGGCCACUCGAAUGCGGUGGCGCCGUGUCCGUGGACAGAUGAAUACCUUGCCAUUACGGACGACACAGUGGGCUUUAUUGAGAUCUAUAGGUGGACAGAAGGCUGGCUGGGCCGAGUAGCGAGGUGCGAGGUGACGGAGCCUGGAUUCGGCAUGAAUGCCAUCUGGUAUGAUUAG